GGUGCUAAGCCAUUUCUUGGUGCGUCAUUUUCUGUAAUGAACGUGGUUAGAAUGUGCAGAAACAGAGCGUUUUCGGAAAAAGACUCAUAACUGAAGCGAAGCCGCGAAGGCAAAUCCUUCUUCUCGAUACUCACAUUGUCCGAGUACCAGUCUGUUACCUGCUGAAUUCGAAGCCGAAGACGCGGUUUCCUUCCUCAGUUAUGGCUUCUAAUCCUUCGCUUCUCCCCGAGAUCGGUCCCGAUGGUCUCACUAGAGAAGCUCCUGUCAUUAGCUACACCGAGAAGAUCAUCGAGGCAGAGCAGCUUCAAUUAAAGAAAUACAUUGAAGAGAACUACUCUAAAAUUCGUGAUGUGGAACGCGAGCUUGCAAAUCUUACGUUGGAGGUGAAACUCACUGCUGGGCCAAAGAAAGCAGCACUUGAACUUCUGAGGAAGAAAAUUGAGGCAUCAACUGAGAGAAUUCGUGUGGCCAAGCAAAAGGAAGAACAAGCACAAAAGGUAUGGGAAGCAGCAUCAAAAGCCGUGAGGGAUGAAGAGGCUAUCAAACAGAAGCUAUGUGAAGACUUGAACAACCUGGUCCAAGAGAGCAGUAACAGUCAGUUUGCUAGGCUGGAGGAAUUAAAACGACGGUUGGAAGCUUUGAAUCCAAGUAGAGCAUCAACCACUGUUCAUCAUGAUAAUACAAUCAAAGAUUCGUCCUCUGUUCCCAGCAUAAGGGAACCGAAUGGGGGUUCAGCCGACAGUGAUUCCGACCAAAUUAACGAGCAGAAAGACCCAGGGACAAAUGGACAUAGUCAGCAGCCUCCUAAUGAGGGAGGAGGAAGAGGUAAAAAGAAAGCUAACUUCCAACUAAAAGGAAAGGGAAUCGGUGCAGUGGCUAAAGGUCGAUCAUCGGCUCCUGGCUGGACUGGAGCCGGGUUUGAUGUGGAUGGUAGAACAUGAUGUCAUGAUCUGUCAGUAUAAGCAUAUUGGAUGAGAAGUCAUUACUUUCCCGUACCAAAUAUAGUUUUCAGUUCAUCAAUUGUAUGUAACCAUGUACUGCUUAUCAUGACAGCUUGUUGAUACAGAAUGAGGGGCCUUUCUUGUGUCUUUCAGGCCAGAACAAAUCAAUAUUGUAAGUCACAUUUGCCCUUCCGAUGAGUUAAAUCACUUACAUGUUGAUUUCUUGGUUUAAGGAUGAUGCUGCUGUAAUAUUUUCCUUUUUUAAAACAAAUAAUGCAAUGACAGUCCUUCCAUGGUGUUUCAUUUCA